CAUUAAAGAAAAAUUAGUUGAAUGCACAAAAUCUGAACAUUCGAUCGGGUUCGGAAUUUUCACUUCGUUAAAAAUGAAAGUAGAACUUCAGGAUGACAGCAGAAGAGGUUGAGUCACUAAAGAACCAAGGCAAUGAUUGUGUUCGUCGUAAAAAUUUUGCUGAGGCUGUCAUCCAUUACACGCAUGCCAUUCAAAAGGACGGGAAAAACCACGUGCUGUACAGCAACAGAUCCCUUGCGUUUUUGAAACUCCAGCAGUUUUAUUAUGCACUAGAGGACGCCAAGGAGACCAUCAAGUUACAGCCUUACUGGGCCAAGGGUUAUUUUAGGAAAGGAGAAGUGCAUUUUGCAGUUGGAAAUCAUGAAACAGCUUUGUUGUCUUAUGAGCAAGCAUUUAAAAUUGAACCAAGUGAUAAAGACUUGGCCGAGGCCAUUAGCAAAACAAGAAAAGAGAUGACAAAGGCCAGGAAAGAGGAUGCGAGGCGUCCCUGGGUGUGGGGAGGGGCCGGGCUAUUAUUGGGUCUCCUUGUUGUGGUGUGUGACCAGUUCAUACCUCAGAAGCCUGCCGUACAGAGUCUAAUUCUACAGAUUUUACUAGUGGCUGUGUUUUCAGGACUCGCACUUCUUGGGAGCUACGCUUACAAAUUUAUUCACAGUAAUGACCGGUCAGCUCUUUUGGAGCCCCCCUUAGAUUUAUUUGGUGACAACACUCAAAAGGAAAGUGAAAGUAAAAGCUCUGAAUCAACAGGAAGUCAAAGGUCAGAUAAAGGUCAUCGCCGUGGAGGGGUAGGGACUGGGAGACAGAGGUUCAGAAUGGGGAAAUCAUGACAACAGACAUCCACUUUGGUUACCAUGGAUACAACUAUUAAUUUGUGAAUUGAUUUAUAUUUGUAUGGCAUAUAGAUCUGUUCAAAAGAGAAAGGAAUGCGUUCAAAUUUAAUUGAAGGAAGAGAUUUUUUCCCAGGAUCUGGAAUUGGUGUUGUAUGAUGUCUGUUACUGUAAAUUUCUACAAAGGACUAGAGCUAGCUAGUUCAAAUAUGCACAAUGAGUGGAUGUUUCAUUUUGUAUUGUUUCAAUUUUUAUCUCAGACAUGCAUGUUGUUCUUGUUUUUUAAUGUAUAAGACUGUGAUGCAUAUUCAUGUAUAUUUUAAAUGCAUUUAGUUUCUACAGACUGAAUUAAGUACAUGUACAAUAUACUUAAAAUAAAAUGAUUCAUGUUUGAAAAA